CGCAUCUCAUUAUUCUAUUCUACACUCUACUCUACUCUAUUCUAUUUAACACUCUUUACUUCUCAACUUUCUUCUCUCUUCCUUCCUUCUUCAUUUCUUCCAUGGAUUCCAUUUCCAUGAGAUACCAAGAAGAUCAAACCCCAUCUUCUCUCCCUUCCCCCAAAACCCAAAUCCCCUCCCCAAGACCCAUCACAAGAUCCGAACCCGGUAACCCAUACCCAACAACGUUCGUUCAAGCAGACACAACCUCGUUCAAACAAGUUGUCCAAAUGUUAACCGGUUCCUCGGAAACAUCAAAACAAGCAUCCUCCUCUUCCUCCAAACCAAACCACCACAACCACAACCACCUCAACAACAACAACAACAUUCCACCAAUCAACACCAUCCCCAAAAAACAACACCAAUCCGGUUUCAAACUCUACGAAAGAAGAAACUCACUUCACAAAAACCUCAACAUAAACCCAUUACUACCCAUUUUCUCCAACAACACAUCUUUCUCACCUCGUACCAAACAAGAGAUCCUCUCACCUAGCAUCCUAGAUUUUCCUUCUCUUGUCUUAAGCCCUGUCACACCUCUUAUACCCGACCCGUUUGACCGAUCCGGACCCUCCAGAAGCUCUUGCUUGAACGCGGAAGCUGAAGAUAAAGCCAUUAAAGAGAAGGGAUUCUUUUUACAUCCUUCACCGGUUUCAACUCCCAGAGAUUCUGAACCUCGUUUGCUUCCUCUUUUUCCUACGACUUCUCCUAGGGGUUCAGGUCCUUAUUCUGCAUCUUGAAUUUUUCUUUAUUUUUUUUUUUACUUUUUUUUUUGUUUUAAUUUUUAUUGGCAUUGUUGUUGCUGAUGAAAUUGAAAGAGAUUGAUUUGUACUGUUUUAUUUUAUGGAAGAGAAUUGAAUUCAAUAAUAUUUUUGUUUUGUUUUUUAGUAUGAAUUUUUUUUACCUUUGAAUGUUAUUAGGGGGAAAUGUUAAAUUUGAA